AUGGCAUCAUCAUCACAAAGAAAGAGAAGAAGAGGAAACGGGAAGCGAGUGAUUGCAUCAUCAUCAUCUAAAAGAAAGAGAAGAAGAGGAAACGAGAAGCCAGUGUUUGCACCAUCAUAUCUACCAAACGACGUUGUAGAGGAAAUUUUCUUACGACUUCCGGUGCAAGCCAUCAUCCAACUCAAGUGUCUCUCAAAACAAUGGAGGUCGACGAUCGAGUCACGCAGUUUUGAAGAGAGACACUUGAAGAUCGCCAAGCAAGCCUGCGUGGAUCAUCCCAUGGUCAUGGCCAUCUCCGAAGAAUAUCCCUUCAAAGGGAGUAAAGGUACUCUGGCUCGUCCAGACACCGACAUCGGCUUUCGUACUGUCUGUUUGGAAUCGGCUUCUAUUUUGUCCUCCACUCUUAUCAAUUUCCCUCAAGGAUUUCAUCACUGGAUCUAUGCUUCCGAAUGCUGCGAUGGACUUUUCUGUAUCCAUUCCAUGAAAACACAAGCCAUUUAUGUAGUUAAUCCGGCCACACGGUGGCUCCGACAACUUCCUCCCGCCGGGUUUCAGAUUUCGAUGCACAAGUUAAUAUCCCCUCCACAAUUUUCGAGUGACAUAAAAUCAAUAUUUUACAUAACAUUCGUUAAGGCCACUGAUUAUAAAUUAGUGUGGAUGUAUACUCCUUACACGAAUGACUCUGAUGCCUCGGGUCCAAACGAGAAGUGCGAGGUCUUUGAUUUUAGGGCAAACACUUGGAGGUCCUUAACUUGCAUUCCAAGUUAUCAGAUAUUCUAUGACCAAACGCCAACAACUGCAAACGGGUCUAUUUACUGGUUUACAGAACCAUAUAAUGGCGAAAUCAAAGUGGUAGCUCUCGAUAUUCACACUGAAAAGUUUCGGGUGCUACCUAAGAUUAACCCAGCUAUUGCUAGUUCAGAUCCUAAACAUAUCGACAUGUGCACUCUAGAUAAUGGUUUGUGCAUGUCGAAAAGAGAAGGAGAGACUAUGAUCCAAAAUAUUUGGAAGUUGAAAUCAUCAGAAGACUCAUGGGAAAAAAUUUACACCAUAGAUUUGCUUUCUUGUUCUUCAUCUUUAUCUGUGUUUAGUGAUGGAUUUAAUUGGGCCCAAAAGGACUUGGCUGUGCCAUCCACACCGCUGGCGAUAUGCAAGAACAAGAAGAUCCUACUCUCACAUCGCUAUGCCCACACUCUGAUCAAAUACGAUCCCCAAACAAAAUCUCUCCAUUAUUUCUCAAAUGUCCUCGGUAUAGAAGAUUUGUUUCUUAUUUUCCGAGUUUGA